UUUUCAUCUCAUCAAAACAAAGCGGGGGCGAGCCGAAACCAGAGAGCGAGCGGCGGUUCCUGCCUCCAUGAAUGAGAGGUCGGUCGGACCCUUCAUCCUGCAGCCUAACGCCCGUUCCCAGGGCUGUGGAGAAGCCAGAGGAGCCUGCCGCUGAUGAUCCCCGGACGGCCGGAGCUCCCUGUAUGACCGCUUCAUCCCACCGGGAGCCGCACGACGGGAUCAGGAACGAUGCUUGACGGACUCCGGCGGAGGCAAGCCUCCCGGUCCUCCCCCAGACCCCUUUCCCUCAACUUCAGCACCUUCUCGGUCCCACCCCCGAGCCCGGACAUGGAUAGCAGCAGCACCGAACAUCCAUUCAGGAGGACUCUGCACCGGCUGAAGUUGAUGAGCUCUCCAAGCCUCAGUGAGCUCGGUAAGAGUGAGAAAAGUUCACCAGAGGACAGAGGGGAGAAGCAGAAGAGGGCUGGCGCCAAUGCUACCUGGAACAGCAUUCACAACGCUGUCAUAGCAGUCUUCCAGAAGAAGGGAUUGGCCGAUAAUGAACUCUACACCCUGAAUGAAGGCGUCCGGCACCUUUUGAAAACUGAGCUGGGAUCUUUCUUCUCAGAAUAUCUUCAGAAUCAGCUUCUGACAAAAGGAAUGGUCAUUCUUCGGGACAAAAUAAGAUACUAUGAAGGUCAGAAGUUACUCGACUCUCUGGCAGAGACCUGGGACUUCUUCUUCUGUGAUGUUCUCUCCAUGCUGCAGGCCAUCUUUCACCCAGUCCAGGGUAAGGAGCCCUCUGUCAGACAGCUGGCCCUGCUUAAAUUCAGGAACACCAUAGUCCUGAGCGUAAAGUUGGAGGACGCCUUGUCUCGACCGCGGGCCCGUGUUCCCCCCUCUGUCACCCAGAUGUUGCUUAUACUGCAGGGCGUCCAUGAGUCACGGGGUGUUAAUGAGGACUAUUUAAGGCUGGAGUCUCUGGUGCAGAAAGUGGUCUCACCCUACCUGGGCACCCAUGGUCUCUACUCGGGAGAAGAGGACGACGACCACUGCUGCGUGUUUGACAAGCGGGUGCCAUGGGGCUGGCCCAAGUCUGCAGACCAACCAUCCAAAAACCCAGUGGUACGAUCCAAAAGCUACAACAUCCCCCUGCUGCUGACGCCGGUGGCUGAGUACGACCCAGAUGCGAGCUCGGUCGGGAGCGGAGGGAUUCGUCGCCACUCGGCUUGUGAGAUCAUAUCGUGCCUGGAGGAACAGGGGCUGACCUACUCUGACCUGGCUCCAGGAUCAGAGCUGUCUGGUCCCUCCUCCAACAGACUCUGUGUGGGCACUCAGAUUAAUGGGAUUGUACAAGCAGGAGCCGGUGCCAUGGACUUGGCUCUGUCGUCUCCUUCCAUCCUUCAUUCCUCAGGAGCGCUCCACGGCACAGAGGCCACCACAACAGUGACUGAUCUCAGUAGGGGGGCUUCCUCCUCGCCACCCAGCGAAACGUCCAGUCCUGAAACUAUAAUCGGACAGGUUCCGGAGUCUGCCGGCUCAGACUCAGACGGGAUAUUUAUUGAUUUCCCUUCCCACUCUUCUGGCAGAAACAGCCUUACGUGUGAGAGCAGGCAGAGCACUGUGUAGCUGGGGUCUAUGUAAGGGACCCACAGCGAGUGAGUGUGUGGAAAAUUCUGGUAGAAAUUGGAGGGGAAAAAAGAUAUGUAUACAUUUCAGCAAAAAGGUACAUUUUCCGUUUUUUUUUUCUUUUAUACUGACAUUUUCAACAACUUUCUUCAUAUGUGGAAAAUAUUAUUUCAAUUCUUCUGUGAAACUUUAAAGCAGCUAAGGAAAGCAAAAUGAUCAUACAUGUCCGGGUUGACAUGAAGCGGUACCGAUGACUAAAGAGGUGUUAAUCCUAAACAACAAAAAAUGUUCACUAUUUUAAAAAAGUCCAACGUUUUAACAAGAUGAAGCAGUCAAAAAAUAUACAAGUGCAUCUAAAUAACUUGGAAAAAAAUUAUUGAUCGUUAAUUUAUUUCAGUUAUUUAUCUUAAAAUGUGAAACUUUUAUGUUAAAUAGAUCCAUUAUACAAGGAGGGAUGUCUUUGUUUCAGUUAUUUUAAUGACCAUGGCUUGCAGCUUAUAAAAUUAAGUUUAUAAGAAAAUAAAUGCGCACAAAUAGACUGAAAAGAGAUCAUGUUAGUUACUGACACCUUCCACAAUGAGAGUAAGCCACAACAGGUCAUUUGAUGGUAAAACUUCCCUAAUUGCCAUAUACCCUCAUGUGGACAGAGGUUUAAGUGAAAGGAAAGCCGUGAUAAAAAAAAAAGCUCCAUCUGUCUGUUGUCUUCCUCCCGGUUGUGUAGAUCAUAACAAUGCCUUUAAACAGUGGUUCAAAAGUGGCCGAAUGCAAAAGUUACAGCUGUCCUAGAUACGUCUCUGCAAAGCUUUAUAAAAAAGCUGCCUGCAGAAUCAGAUCACAGCCCUUAAAAUUCACUUGAGCCUUUUUAAUGUAGUUUUCUUCACAAAAAUCUUAAGGCUGUGGUAAAAGCUGUUGUGGAUCCUUUUCUUUAACUGCAGGUUUUCCUUCCACCUAACUGUCCACAGACACUCAGUAGCCCUGAUUCUGACAUGCUUGGAUAUAUCUUUCUCUAACUAACCAGUUUUGAUUUUUUGGCAAUACAUUUUUGAUGAUUACUUUUCUAUUUGAAGGUGUCAAUGAAAGUUAACUGUAUUACUGCCAUUUAGAAAGUCUUCCGCUUAAUUGUGUAGGCCAUAGUGUGACAAUUAGAUAAACAUCAAUUUUUAUUCACUUAAUAUUCUCUUUUUUUAGAGAAACUAAUGAGUCCUUUCAGCUGCUCCCUUGUCCUGGGGUCACUACAGAAAGUCUUUACAAUUUGCUCUCAUAUGGGACAGAGUUUUUACGCUUGAUGCCCUUCCUGAUGCAUCUGAGAUUCUGACCUUGGUUGCUCAAAGUAAAGUCAAAUACUUUAACCUCUUCACCCAACGGGAUUGUCUGUUGUUUAUUUAUUUUUUUUAGAUAAAUUGAUUUUUUUUUAUUAGUUAUAUGAUGAGAUAAAUCAAAUGAAAUGGAAUAAACUACAGCUUCACUUUUUAAAGUGACUGCUUAGUUUUUUUUAAUGACAUUUCUAAUUUACUCAGAAGCCGUUUCUGAGACUGAACCUUAAUUUCUCAGAGUUCUUCAUGUCAAAAAGCUCCAGUUGCACUAUUAAUUUUAGUCUGCGCUGAGACAGAGUUUCAGAAAAUGAAUCCCCAGCAAACGAUGAGUAGAGCAUGUUGUUUACAACUGAAAAUGAAUGAGAAUGUCUUAAGAUUGAAUUUAUCAAUGUAACUACAUAUCAGUGAGACACACCUAGAAUAUCCUUAAUAUGAAUAGAUUUGGGAGGUUUAAGUAUUAUGAGAUGAAAUUACACUGUUUUUCUUUCUUUCUAUUUUUGUUGUUUCAUAGGGUUAAUUCACAGCAGGGAAAUAAAUAUUAAUGUAAUUAAUUUCUCUAAAGUAUUUUCUACAUUUUUUUUUUUAUUUUUUUUGCCUCUGCGGUUGUUAUUCUUUAAAAAGCUGCAAAUUGUACACAUUAAUCCAUUUUUUUUAUGUUACAGGUUGUUUUGCAUUAAUGUACUCUGAGAAAAACUGUUCUAUAAUCUGUCUUCGCUCCUUCGUGUGCUGCUUGGAGGUUCAGAGGUUCUCUCGCUUUCUAGCAGCUCUCACAGCUGCAAAAUAAUCUUGCGAUUGUGUUACUUUCAAUGCAUGGGCUUUGUGGUUCGAGGGAAUAUGACAGUGUUUGUUUACAUUUGACAGAGAUGGAAACAUUUUCAACUGAAUGUUGUCUCACACUGUAAUUUGCACCACCACUAACAUGUAAAUAAAAAAAGUAUGUUGUUUUUUUCUUCAGAAAAGGUAGAUCUUGUAUAGUGAACAUUUGUUCUAAAAGGAAUUGCUUUUUUAAAUAAGAGCUUUUUAAAUUAAUCUUUUUAAAUGAUGUUUUACCUCAAAGCAUUUUGUACUUUACUUUUUGGACAAUCUAUGAUGUCUCCAGAAUUGUACUUUGUAUGAAUUUGUUAUACUGGCCCCAUAAGAAUAAAUAAAUUUGAGUGAUAUCUAAAA